AUGGACUGGUACUCUUGGUUAUCAAAAACUGCUCUCGAGCCCUUGCUUGUUUACGAGUAUGGCCUUGCCUUUUCUCGAAAUGAGCUCGAAAAGGAGGACUUAGCGCACUUCAACCAUGAGUUUCUUCAGAGCAUGGGAAUUUCAGUUGCCAAGCAUAGGCUGGAGAUUCUCAAGCUCGCUAGGAAGGAAGCCGGAGAAGCCCCUAACAGCCUGGCCAAGCUCAUUUUGGCAAUCAACAAGACAAGAAAGUGCUUCAACAAGUACGUUAACAAGUUGUUACAUCAAGAUAAUCAUGCGAUUAAGCCGUUGCCGGUUCCGGUUUGUCAUCAAGAUCAGUGGAGAGUGGCACAGACGUUGUCACGGAAGGGCAAGAACGAGAAGGAGCUGAUGAGGAUAGAGCAGACAGCAUUGAGAUCAAGGAAGGUAGCGAAAUCUGGUCCCUUGGAUUACAGAGGACAAGACAAGUUGUUGGUCCCUCCCAGAAGAUUGAAAUUAUCAGGGCCCCUUGACAGAAAAAUGCAGGAGAAGGUGAUACUCAAUUACACGAGCCCCAUAACUUCUGGUCCUGCUGAUAUUGCAAUGGCAGCACAGGAGAGGUUGAUGCUAACAAAUGGCCGUAGUAGCCCAAAAUUAUCUGUACCUCUUAGUUUUGUAAGAACUCCAAGCCCAAAGAUUCAUGGUGAUCAUUACAACAAGGAAAAAGCAGGUAAGGACUAUGAUGAUCAAACAUUGUGGGCAGAUCUUUUCCAGGACAUGAAACCCACUUGA